AUUAUUCUCUGACUCGGAUGGAAGUGGACGAGUCCUGAUAACAUGAAACAUAGCACCGUGUGUGUCCGAACCAAUCCACAGUGAACUCUUGGGAGUUGGGACCCGCUGUCCAUGUUGAGGUAUCUUCUCCAUAUACCUUCAGCUUCAGUCGCUCGCGACUCUGCGAGCCCAACCCAACUAACGGCGAGAGGCCGCUCCAUUACAGUAUAUGAUCAAACAUGGACGGUAGCGCCGUCUACCAAACCAAGAAGCGUCGAGUCAGCAAAGCAUGUGGACGCUGUGCUCGAAAGAAGACCCGCGUAAGUCUCUGGGCAAUUGAGGGCUUCAAAAACAAAAGGAGAUCUAACCAACCCUGCUACCAGUGCGACUUGCGUUACCCUAGCUGUGGUGCAUGCCUGGCAGCAGGUGUACCCUGUUUUGCGGUGGACCCGCUUCAUGGUAAUCCGAGGCCUCGAAGCACAGUCCGUGCCCUUGAAGGAGAGAUUGCCCGUCUGGAGGUUGAUCUCGCACGCGCAAGAGAUCAUGCCCACAAUGAAACCGCCAUUAAGAACACCGAGAUCCAAAAGCUGGGCACCCGUCUGGCGAAAAGCAUUGUCGCCCCACCCAUUUCUGCCAGACCACAUCACAAUCUGAUACCUCUGACGUCGCCAUUCUUCCUGUCAAACUCGCCGGUGCCCUAUCUCAACAGGGCAACUUACACCAGUUCUGCUAUUGGCGUUGGUGAUGGGGAACGUUCGGGUUCCCUGCCUUCACCAAUCUUGGCCUCAUCCAUCUCCCACGUGGCCGUCGAUGCUAUGUUGAAGCACUACUGUGACAUUUAUCUUUCCAUGUUCCCAGCUAUCGAAGAGUCAGACUUGUAUGCUGCUCGUGACCGGGUGUACAGCAACUCAGAGCCGUCAAACUACGACAUAUUCUGUGUACACAUUACACUAGCAAUCAGUACAAACACUCUCAUGCGCGGUAAUGAGAAGCGAGCAACCUCGGCAACCCGGGGACUGUGGGCGACAGCAAAGAAGCAUCUGGAACAGGUUGGAACUAAAAAUCUCUGGGAGCGCUUGCAAGCCUUGCAACUCCUGACUCACUUUGCUGCGCUGAACCCGCAAGAUGCCAAUUGCGUCAAUUGCGGCGGAGCCGCAACAAGGCUCUGUGUACAGUUGGGGCUACAUCAGGAGCUGGGCGAUGCGACGCGACGGCUGCUAAAUAUCGACGAACAUACACUAAAUCGUCGCAAGACGUUGUUUUGGAACGCGUAUUCCCUUGAUAUUGCAAUCCAUACAACGAUUUGUCAGCCUUUUCUGUGGCCGGAAGGCUCCAUCACAACCACAUUUCCAGAGUUCGAGUCUGAUAUAUGCGCAACGGCACAUAUAUGGCAGCUACGCGACAUCGAGGCCGAAGUUCUUCGAUACCUGUACUAUCCUAACCUGGCUCCAGAUGACCACCGCCGGGGUGAAUUAUUCGACGGCUGGUUCGCAGGCGUAGAACGGCGGCUCGAGACAUGGUUGUCAAUAGCCCGCGAGAAUGAGAGUCUGAGACAGAAAAUUCCCACUUCCGACGUGCUCGCCCAUGCUCUUUUUCUGAGGAUGAAUCGACCCUCGCCGGGGUGUCCAGCACCCAACAGAGGAAUGCAGAAGCGAGCUUUGCAGGCCGCAAUGGCUCUCUCUCAAGACUUUCACACCAUGGACUCGACGGGCAACCUUUUCUGGCUUUGGCAUGGAGCCUAUUUCAUUAUCGAAGCCGCCGUGUGCUUGAUGGCCUCCGUAAUGGUUGAACUGGAGAUCGAAGCUGACUGCCGAGGGUCGUCACACCUCAAGCCUGCAAACCUCAACAUUGUGCUCUGCUGUAUAGAAAAACUCCCACUGAUGCUCCGGAAAGUCUCGCGUCGUUGGCCCGAAGUGGCGCAGAACGCCUCUGCUUUGGAGACAGUGUCCCACCUUUUCAUGAACCAAUGGACACAAUGGUCGAAUGGUGACACCCUAUGGAACGCCGAAGCUGACGUCCUCAGGGAGAAGUUGGCGCACCUUUUGUUGUUCUCGCCAUUUCCGGCAGCAUCUAAUUAUUUGACGAGACGCGACGAUGUUGCGCCCGUCAGGACUUUGCCACCAAGCCAUGAUAAGAGCCUUUCAACAGGGUCUACGACUCAAACUCAACCGUCAUCUACUCAGUACCCGUCGAUUCGGGACCCAGCCACAGACCUCGCCCAGAUCCUUCCACUUUGGGACUACGAUCCAACCGCGGAGAACUCAGGUGUUCCAUACGGCUUCAUGGCGGACGACGAGUUUAUAUGGGACUUUUCUGGACUGCAGGAUGACGAAAUCCUGACCGCAAUGCUCGAGGGAAGUGCUGAUUUGCUGCUGGACCACACUGUGGACGUGAAUUAUGUUUGACGCGCACCAUGUAUUCAUUCUUCACGACGCUCAUUCAGUCAGCCAGUUGAUCCAACUCCCACUGUUCCCAACGUGGCGGACCUAGCUCCGGGCACGGCUGUAGAGCCUUUUGGCCAGCCCCAUCGACGCUUUUCUUCCCCUUUCAAGUGUUCGAGUCAUCAUCUACAAACAGUAGUAUAGUCAAGGAGCUCUUGCAACCAUUCCAUUCCAAGCCUCCUGUUGUAUUGCGCGCAGCCAACGAUGGGUGCUCGAAACAUCUACGAUAAGGCUGGGUCUGUGGCGUUCGCCACUGCAUCUGGCGCGAUCAGGCCGGUCAACAAACCUUGUAGGCGAAAAAGGAUUGCAUUGACCGGUGCGGCAACAGGCAGUCUCUGACUGCCAAACGGCGGAUCAUCGGAUACGCAACAUUGGCGCGUCAUCGUGGCGUUGCGGCUCGGGAUCGACCUAGCGUAUCUUCUUUGACCCUAGCGCUCCAGCGGUGUGCCUUACUUGGACAGAUCUUUUCGACCAAUUGUACCCAUUAUUUCCAUCACCAUCUGGCGCCCUAAUGUCCUAUCUGGUGGGAGAGGUGACAUUUCUGCCAGGUCAUCGUUCACGAUCCCAUCAUAGAACUCCACAGCCCAUUCUUGCAUGUCUCUAGGUGCACGCCUGGCUUAGUAAAACAUUCAUUCAGCGAAGCCUGACCCGUAGUGGAGGUCCGAUGGCAUUAUUGGUAUUGAUUUAUAAGCGGAGACUUCGAAAUCAGAUAGAUACUUUUGUACAGAGUCCAACGUUAGAGUCUCUUUUGCG